UCUUCAGCAGUAUCAUUGUGCUUCUUUCUCCCAAAAAGCUUGAGCCUAAUAAUUCGUUUAACCUGCUGCUGUUUAGUGCAGGGCCAAACCUCAAACUGAUCCUUCCCUUAGGUAAAGAAAACCUUCUAAACUAACUUCUCUAUUUGUUCUUUUAUUGUUCUGUUUCUGCCCUGCCUCUUUCUUGUCGCUGAUGACCACCACAUGAAUUUUAAAUUUUGUUGUAAAUUAAAACAAACAAUUAAACCCAUUCUGUUUACGUUUUGAGAUCAAUGAGAAUAAAAAAUAAAAAAAAUCAAAACCAGCAAGCUACAAACCCUGACUUUAGUUUUCCAUUUCAUUUCCGUGAUUUUUUUAAACAAGAUCAGGAAAUGUCAUUUAAAGUUGUCAACCAACAUGCUAGGUUAUUUAUUUGCUUUAAAUGAAAACAAGAAUUGGACAAAAACAAAACAUAUAAAAACUAGAAAUAAUGUGUUAUAUAUGUGUUUUGAUAUUUAUUAUUAUAUGAUAGGUAUAAUGUGUUUAGAUGUCAAAUAUUCUUAUACUCAUUUAAAGUUAUUGCAACCAUUUGGCUAUGUUGCAAGAAGCAAAAGGAUUUUUUUUACAUGAAAAAUAAUUAUAAAUAAUUAUUUGUCUUGAAGUGUUGGUCACGGCCAUAUAGCCACUCUUGAGGACAAGCAAAAGGAAUUUUGCUUUGAAAGUAAUUUUUAUGAAACUAAUUAACCAACAUGAUUGACCUUCUUGAGUCAAUUUAAAUAUUACUUUUAUGCAUUGGUAUAAGUGGAUAUAUGUUUUACUCAAAUAUUACCUAUAUAAAUUUGAAAUUUUAUAUAUUUGAUACUUUUUGCUUAUUAUUUCAUCUUGAACGCUUGAUUACAGGAACUAUUGCAUUAGUAGCCAUGAUAUUCUUGUUCUACUAUAUUGAAUGGAAACACUUGUCAAAAAAAAUUCUUUGUUUGGCAAAUCUUGGAAAAAUAGAUGAUCAAAAUGUUGAGGCAUUUCUAAAGAGUUUUGGUUCUCUUGUCUCUAAAAGAUAUAGCUACUUGGAGAUUAAGAAAAUCACCAACUCUUUCGAAAAUAAACUCGGUGAAGGAGGCUUUGGUGGUGUUUAUAAAGGAAAGUUACAUGAUGGGCAGUUCGUGGCAGUGAAACUUUUGAAAGAAUCAAAGGGUGAUGGAGAACAAUUUAUUAAUGAGGUUGCAAGUAUAAGUCGGACAUCUCAUGUUAAUAUUGUAAGUCUGUUGGGUUUCUGUUAUGAGAAUGGGAAAAGGGCUCUAAUUUUUGAGUUCAUGGCUAAUGGAUCUCUCGACAAAUUUAUAUAUGAUAGAAAUAUGCCAAAAGAACAUGACUUGGGUUUGGAACAAUUAUAUAAGAUUGUAGUUGGGGUUGCUAAAGGGUUAGAGUACCUCCAUUUGGGUUGUAAGACAAGGAUUUUGCACUUUGAUAUAAAGCCUCACAACAUUCUUCUAGACGAAAAUUUUUGUCCCAAAAUAUCUGAUUUCGGACUUGCUAAACAAUGUCUUCAUAAGCAAAGUAUCAUAUCAUUGUUUGGAACAAGAGGGACGAUUGGAUAUAUUGCCCCUGAACUAGUUUUAAGAAACUACGGAGGGGUCUCUUAUAAAGUAGAUGUUUAUAGUUAUGGGAUGAUGAUUUUGGACAUGAUUGUGGGAAGAAAAAAUUGGAAUGAUUCAGCUGUUGAUUGUAGUAGUGAUAUGUAUUUUUCAGAUUGGAUAUACAAACAUCUUGAAAAGGAACAAGAAAUUGGGUAUCAUUGUAUUACAAGCGAAGAAGAAGAUGAAAAAGCAAGAAAGAUGAUAAUAGUUGGCUUGUGGUGCAUACAAACUGAUCCCUUAAACCGUCCAUCAAUGACUAAAGUGUUGGAAAUGUUAGAAGGAAAUCUACAUUCAUUACAUGUCCCACCCAAACCUAUCUUAUUUUCUAUUAAUGGACCGGUAAUUACACAUUGUUUAACCUCGGAAGACAUCACAUUAUGUUCAUCUAAUGUGAGUUAAGGAUGUAGAAUUCUUUGAAAAGAAAGGUAUAAAAAUGUUCAUUUAUGUAAGUUUUAGAAGUUUUUAUUGAUUAUUGGAUUAGUAACGAAAAUCUCAAUUAUUGAUUCAA